AUGGAGCCUACUCGGGCGCUGAUCUUUACAUGGAAAUAACAGAAAAUUCCAAGAAAUGGAAGUCGCUGCUAGUAAAAGAAGAAAAGCUGAGUAUCAUCAGGGUUAAUAGCUCCUAUUUGAGAUCCAUGAAUGAUUACAGAGUUACUUUUCUAUAUCGAACUUUCAAGUUUCAUUAAUAAUAUGCUGCCUCUCUGGGACAUAGGUGUGCUCAUGGUACGAAGGCUAUUUAUUCAUCAUACAGAAUAGAAGAGCUAGAGGAACAAUGGCUUCAAAGGUCUCAUGCUUAUAUGUUUUGACAGUAGUUUGUUGGGCAAGCGCUCUUUGGUACUUAAGUAUAACUCGCCCUACUUCUUCCUACACUGGCCACAGACAGCUCAGUAGCAUAUCAAUAGCCAGAAAAAAUGUUUCCUUUGGCAACAUAAGAACUCGACCUAUAAAUCCACAUUCCUUUGACUUUCUUAUCAACGAACCCAACAAAUGUGAGAAGAGUGUCCCUUUCUUGGUCAUUCUUAUCAGCACAACUCACAAAGAGUUUGAUGCAAGGCAAGCCAUUCGAGAAACGUGGGGAGACGAAAACAACUUUAAAGGAAUUAAAAUCGCCACGCUAUUUCUUCUCGGAAAAAACGCAGAUCCUGUGUUAAAUCAAAUGGUAGAGCAAGAAAGCCAAAUUUUUCAUGACAUUAUUGUGGAGGAUUUUAUCGACUCUUAUCAUAACCUCACUCUGAAAACGUUGAUGGGGAUGAGGUGGGUAGCAACGUUUUGUUCAAAAGCAAAGUACGUUAUGAAGACAGACAGUGAUAUUUUUGUAAACAUGGAUAAUCUUAUUUAUAAGCUGCUCAAACCUAACACCAAGCCAAGGAGAAGGUACUUCACAGGUUACGUUAUAAACGGAGGACCAAUAAGAGAUGUUCGCAGUAAGUGGUACAUGCCAAGAGAUUUGUAUCCUGACAGCAAUUAUCCACCCUUCUGUUCAGGCACCGGCUACAUAUUUUCAGCUGACGUAGCAGAACUGAUUUACAAAACCUCCCUUCAUACCAGACUUCUUCAUCUUGAAGAUGUGUAUGUUGGACUCUGUCUUCGGAAGCUGGGCAUUCACCCCUUCCAAAACAGUGGCUUCAAUCACUGGAAAAUGGCUUACAGCUUGUGCAGGUACCGCAGGGUGAUCACAGUGCACCAGAUAACACCGGAAGAAAUGCACAGAAUUUGGAAUGACAUGUCCAGCAAGAAACAUCUUAGAUGUUAAGAUUUUUACAGAUGUAAAUACCUUUUUUUUUUUAAAUUUUGUUUAGCGUGGUUAUUUUUUGACAAAGCGAUCUGCUGAUUUACAGGUUAAACUGUGGGAUAUUAACUGAGAGGACUUUUAAUGACUGAUUUUUCAUUCUCAUUUUGACUACUGGUUUACAGACUUCAGGCUCUUUUCAUAAGGACAUUACACCAACUGAAAGCAUCGAGUCAAACCUCAGAUUUUUUUAUAUUAUCCUCUAUCACACAUAUCAGCUCCUGCAUCUGUGUGUAAAAGGACAGUAAUAAACUAUCAUGAGCUGCUUAACAGUUUAUGCCCCGGCCUCUGAGAUAAGACUCAGACCCUAAGAAAUGAAGAACUACAAAUAUACUUUUAUUCCUUUUUUGACACCCUACAACCAUCUUUAUUUAGAGCUUUGUUAAUAAAUUGAACGGUACACAUUUGCACUGACCUUAUACACCUAUCUUGACAUGUAUAUUUUAUAGUACAAUGUGUGCAAUUCCCAAACAGCUUACUGAUGGUAUAAUAGCAGAAUUUAGACAGGUAAGAACAUCAAAGUCUCAUAGGCCUUAGAAACAAACCCAUACACUGAAGUAUAUUUUUAUUGACCAAAUGGUAUUCCUUUAAAUUAUUUCAGAAGAUAUGCCAUUUCUUUCCACUGCCUAAAGUAGCCCCUAAAAGAUCUAAUACAAUUUUAAAAUGAAGUAGAAUCUGUAGGUGAAAUAAGACAGGAGAUGUAUGAAAAACUAUCUUAAAAAUACAUGAUAAAAGUAUGAAUAUCUUUUAAGUUCA